AUGACCAUCGAAUCGACCCUCACGUCCCUGACGACCGCCGUCCAAAAUGCAGCAACAAACAUCAGCACCAAAACCAGAAGACAACUAAUCGACACUCUCCGAGACCUUCAGUACUCGCUCGAGACGCCCCUAGAAACCUCGCAGCGACUCUGCUAUGCUUCCAACAACCUCUCCACAAUCCGCGUCUGCAUCGACCUAAAAAUCUACAACCUCCUCGCCGAAUCCAAAAAGCCCUUGAGGAUCGAACAAAUCUCAAACCACACAACCGCCUCCCCAUCCCUCCUAACCCGCCUCCUCCGCCACCAAGCCUCCCUGGGCCACAUCGCCCACCCCACCCCCACCACCUACGCCCCCAACACCGUCACGCACAACCUCGCUCUCCCGACCGUCCAAGCGGGCAUCCUGAUGAACGACGCCCUAGGCCCAGGUUUCGCCGCUUUGCCAGCUUUCCUGAAAGACACGAAGUACGCAAACCCGCAAGACAUGCACGACACGCCCUUCCUCCGCGGCCACGAAUCCAGCGGACGAACCCUCUUCCAAUGGAUGUCCACACACCCGGAACAUAUGCAGUUCUUCAAAGCACAUCUCUCUUUGAUCGAGGCGGAACCGCAGGAUUUUUGGAGGUAUUAUCCUAUCGAGUCUAUGAGUCAGGGUUUGCAGAACGAGGAGGACGUCGUGUUCGUUGAUGUGGCCGGGGCGAUGGGCGCGCAGUGUGUGGCGCUCAAGGAGGCGUGUCCGGGAUUGAAGGGGAGGGUUGUUUUGCAGGAGUUGGAGUAUGCGGUGCGGAGGGCUGUGCUGCCGGAGGGGGUGGAGGGGAUGUUCUACUACUUCCGCCGCGUGCUGAAGGACUGGCCUGAUGAGAAAGUUGUUGAGAUUCUCAAGAAUACUGUUAGUGCUAUGGGACCUGAGAGCCAUAUCUUGAUCGACGACUGGGUGGUUCCGGAGACGGGGGCGCCGUGGUUUGUGACGCAGGCGGAUAUGUGCAUGCUGACGAUGUCUGGUGGGCAGGAGAGAUCUGAGGAGCAGUGGAGAGAGGUUUUGUCGAGAUCUGGGUUGAAGAUUGAGAGUGUCAUCACCUACAAUGAAGCGUUUAAGAUGAGUAUCGUCGACGUCGUCAAAGCGUAG